AGUUUGUAAACAACCACCGCUUGAACAGUAGUAACCUCUAUAUCAUCGAUCGAUACGGAAGCGAUCUUUUACUUGUACUGUUUUGCUCCCAGUGAUUUGUUCUGAGAUUCUGAUGGCAGCAUGAUAAAUUUGAGAGCAGUAAUAGCCUUGUGGGCGCUAAUCGUGUGUUUAAUUGGAGAAGCCCAGAGUAAAUUGUACCCCAUUAGCCCGUUCAAAGAUGAGUUGGCCACCGCGAUGUUCCCCAACGAGCGAGUUUCCCUGGACGAUUGUCACUUGCGGUACUAUAAACACGGCCGGCAAGGCUUGGUGGCACCGGCCUUCGGAGAGCCGGCCUAUCUGAAGGAGUUUGCCCACAUGGCAGCAAUUGGAUGGACCCAGCCGGACGGUACCAUCAGCUGGAAGUGCGGCGGUUCACUGGUUUGGGAUAAUUACGUGCUCACCGCGGCGCACUGUGUGAUGGAUAAUGGCACCACCCCGGAUGUAGCACGGUUUGGCGAUAUAAAUAUAUUUAGUGACGAGGACGAUCAGUAUGCACAGCAGUUGCGGAUUGUGGACAUUUUCCGGCAUCCGGACCAUAGGUUCACGACAACGUACAACGAUAUAGCGCUGCUGAAGCUGGAGACUAAUGUGACCCGGAGAUGAAAAGAUGGACACUUGUCCGGGUGAUUCCGGAGGGCCACUUCAAGCCCGACUACUCCACAAUGGUAAAAUGACUCCGUUUUUGGUGGGCGUAACGUCCUUUGGGUCAGCAUGUGGAAACGCCAACCCCGGUGUAUAUACGCGAGUGUCAUCCUUUUUUAAGUGGAUCGAGGAGACAAUCGACAGAGAGGAACAAUUUACUACCCAUUUCAGUAUGGAUCCCAUCUAUUGUGCGCUGCGAUACGUUCAUUUAAGGGAGUAUGAAGAUGAUCUAAUUACGGAUAGAUCUGAAGGUUUCAUAUCAGUGGAUUCUACCAAGGCACACAUGACAUUCAAUCAUGAUGAACUUAAUCACGUGGUAAAAAUUGAUUGGAAAAAUCGAUAUGUUCGAAGGAACAACUGUAGCGGUACGUUGAUCGCAGACGACACAGUACUAACGUUGGCCGAAUGUACAUCUCAUACCGGAAUUGCAGCAACUCACAUCAAUCUAGGAGGACCUCUUACACCUGCUACGAUAGAUAUCGUUGAAACCAUUAUUCAUCCUGGAUAUCGUGAAAACUCGUUGUACAACAACAUUGCUGUAUUGAAGUUGAAAAAUCGAGUUAAAUUCAACGUAAAUCGUACACCCGUUUGCAUUUGGAACUCACAUAGCAUUCCGGAUCCUCAACUUCAGGUGGCGGGUAUAGGCCGUAUAGACAUUAAUGAUCUGAACACAGGAGUACCGUUCGACUUUGUCUAUUCUCCUAUGGACACUUUCCUUCUUCCUCGGGCAAGCGUGAACACCGACCAAAAUUGUACGAUCCCGAGAGAGUUCCGGUCACGUCUCCCCAAUGGCUUGGCCAAUGAACAUCUCUGCGUAGGUAAUCCAAUGUUCUUGGUUCCCGGCUCGUGCCGCUUAGUGUACGGAGCACCGAUGCAGCUUCCGAUGUACCGUACAGAUCGCUAUUUCACAUACGCGUACGGUUUGAACUCUUUCGGACGAGACUGUGGGUUUGGAGAAGCUGCCGUAUCCACAAGGAUACAUUCCCAUAUGGAGUGGCUUAAAACGGUCCUUCUUCCGAAUUUCCGCACUGCCAACGCAGUGCAAUUUGUUAACCCCGAUUGGAAAGAAGGCGAAGCUUGCAAUUAUGACGAUGAUACACCCGCAGUUUGCACUGAGUACACGAAGUGUCCCAAAGUAUGGGACGAUUUCAAAGCGAAGCGGAUAGUGCAUUUCUGUACUUCAUUGAACAUAGUGUGCUGUCCAGAACGAUUUGUUCAGAAAGAUCGCCAGCAGAGUGAUGAACUGGAUACCUGUAGCGAACAGUACGCAAGACAGCACGAAAGAUACUUCAAAAUUAUACAAACACCAUCUGCACCACACAUUGUUACCCUGACCGGAACAUCAUCUACCGAUCGUUGCAUGGGAUCUCUCAUUACAAAGAGUAUCGUUGUCACUGCUGCUAGCUGUGCAGCUUCGUUGAAUAACCCCAGACAGGCUGUAAUGGCGAAUGGUAUUAUUGUUCCGAUCCGACAAACUGUAGUUCAUCCAGACUACGAUCGCAUGCGAGCGACAAAUGACAUAGCUUUGAUACGGCUGCAACGAUCGAUUGUGCCUUCAGCAGAAGUUUUCCCGGCUUGUGUUUGGACGAACCUAACACAUACUCCACUGCAUUUGAGACUUUAUCGAGAAACCCCACCUAACGAUAACGGACCCCCACAAAUGGUCACCAUGUACAAUACCGACUGCCAGCGGGACUACAAGCGGAAGCUGACUGCCGAUCAGUUAUGCGCUGACCAAGUCGUUCCCGAAACCAACAGUUGCUAUCGUAAUGGUGACCAGCUAGUUUGGCCUCAACCGGACGAUGGAGAAAGUGAUCCAACGGAAGAUACCACCGCAACACCGCAUAUCGUUGGCUUCUACAGCUACGGUGAACAAUGUUCCGAAAGCAAUCCGGGAGUCUUUACCAGAAUUUCGUCGUACGUGGAAUGGAUACGGGAGAAUAUUUGAGGGAAGCACACUAUCAAUGAUGUCGAAGUCGAUGUGAAUGCUAUUAUGUUAAAUCUCACCUUUUCCCAGACAUUCAUGAUUUAUUUUGUAAGACUUACGUUCGAAAUACAUCUUAGUUAUGUCUGACCUAAACACUUGCUUGUAGGUU